AUUCUGGCAUAGCGCGUUUCCAUUUUUUCACUCCUGAGAAAGCGAUUCUAGCCCGAUACCAAGACCGCCAAGGCCACCAUCAUGUCCUCAGCCAACCAGGAUGAGCAAAGCGUCGAAGAUAGACAAACGCAAGUAAAUGAUCCGGCAAUAUUACCUACAGAGCCGCAAUGUUCUCCGACACCCAGAAGAGAUUCUAGCGCUUGGUUUUCGCGCCUACAUAGAUACAAGAAGACGUUGGUCAAAUUCUUAUCCUUCAUCGGCCCAGGCUUCAUAAUCGCUGUCGCUUACAUUGAUCCUGGAAACUACUCAACAGACAUCGCCGCUGGUGCAUCUUACCGCUUCAAGUUGCUUUUCAUUGUCCUGUUGUCUAAUCUCUUUGCAAUCUUUCUCCAAAGUCUCGCUAUCAAGCUCGGUACCGUCAGUGGGCUCAACCUAGCUGAGGCUUGUCGAGCAUUUCUACCGAGAUGGCUUAACAUCAUACUGUACAUCUUUGCGGAAAUCGCCAUCAUCGCGACCGAUAUCGCCGAGGUAAUCGGCUUUGCAAUCGCACUUAACCUUCUCUUCCCAAAAGUCCCUCUGGUCGCAGGAUGCGCCAUUUCCAUCGCAGAUGUCAUGGUCAUUCUACUCUUCUACAACCCUGAUAAGUCUAUGCGAGGUCUCAGAAUAUUCGAGUACUUUAUUCUGUGCCUGGUUAUGGGAGUGGUCAUAUGCUUCUGUAUUCAGUUGUCGUUGAUACAGAACACUUCAGUCGGGGAGGUGUUCAAAGGCUAUUUGCCAUCAAAAAGCAUCGUUGAGCAACAAGGGUUGUAUCAGGCAUGCGGUAUCCUGGGCGCGACAGUCAUGCCACAUAGCCUGUACCUAGGCUCAGGCAUUGUCCAACCUCGACUACGCGAAUACGAUGUCAAGCGAGGACUCGUGCCUCCCCGCCCGUCCCCAAGCAGCACAUCCGUCAAUCAGGUCUCCGAAAAGACCUAUUAUAUCCCAUCGCUCGAAGCUAUUCAAUCCUCGCUCAAGACUUCCAUAGCUGAACUUGCCAUCGCUCUCUUCACCUUUGCGCUCUUCGUCAACUCGGCUAUCCUGAUUGUUGCCGGUGCCUCUUUAUACAAGAACCCAGACGCCGUUGACGCCGAUAUCUUCAGCAUACACGAUCUGCUCGCAUCGUCAAUCUCCCCCGCGGCGGGAAUCUUGUUUGCAUUGGCUCUGCUGUUAUCUGGCAUCACGGCGGGUAUUGUCUGCACUAUCGCCGGCCAGAUGGUCAGCGAGGGUGCUCUCAACGUCAAGAUGCGUCCUUGGUUACGACGAUUGAUGACAAGAAGCAUUAGCAUCACGCCGAGCAUUAUUAUCGCUGGUGCAGUGGGUCGGUCCGGUCUGAACGCUGCCCUCAACGGCUCGCAGGUGGCCUUGAGUAUCGUUCUUCCCUUUGUCACAGCACCUCUCAUUUACUUCACGAGCAGGAAUAAGUUUAUGACUGUUAGGUCCGGUCCUGCACGACUGCAAGUUGAAGGACAACCAACGUUGGUGACGGGACAGAGGAAUGAAGGGGAUGAUGCGAAAAUGCGAAAUGCAUGGUAUACUACUGCUAUUGCAGUUGUGAUAUGGUUGAUUAUUGCCAUUAUGAACGUAGCUAAUCUGGUGCUGCUUGGCGAGGGCCAGUAGAUGAAUCAAGGUACAUAAUACCACAAGACAGAACAUCCCGCGUAUAGAUAGACAUAAAAUAGAGUUGCCAGGAAGUCGUGAAAAAUAAGAGAUUUUCAAAUAACGACAGGCUUUCCCCAAGACUUAGUCUUCGUAUGGAUAAUGA